UCCGGCUUCUACCGCGGGGUAAGCCGUGUCACGCUCUUCACCCACCCGCCCAAAGAAGAGAAGGCACCGCACCUGAAACAGGUGGUCAGACAGAUGAUCCAGCAGGCCCAGAAGGUCAUUGCUGUUGUCAUGGACCUUUUUACUGAUGGGGAUAUAUUCCAAGACAUUGUAGAUGCUGCCUCUAAGCGACGGGUCCCUGUGUACAUCAUCUUGGAUGAGGCAGGGGUGAAGUACUUUUUGGAGAUGUGUCAGGGUCUGGAGCUUGCUGAUUUCCGCAUUCAGAACAUCCGUGUCCGCUCUGUGACAGGAGUUGGCUUCUACAUGCCCAUGGGGAAGAUCAAGGGGACUCUCUCAUCAAGGUUCCUGAUGGUGGAUGGGGACAAAGUAGCCACUGGAUCUUACAGCUUUACCUGGAGCUCCUCCUAUGUGGACAGGAACCUUCUCUUGCUCCUGACAGGGCAGAACGUGGAACCCUUUGACAUAGAGUUCCGGGAGCUGUAUGCCAUCUCUGAGGAGGUGAACUUGUACCAGCACCUGGGUCUGGCAGGCAGGCUUGGCCUCAACUACUCCUCCACUGUAGCUCGAAAACUUAUCAACCCUAAGUAUGCCUUAGUGGCAAGCAUCCGCCCUCCUCCAGGAGAGAUGAUGCGCUGGGCGGCCCGGCAACAACAGGAAGCUGACGGCAAUGCAAAGGGACAGGAGGGCAAUGGUGGUGGUGAGUCUGCCCGGCGUCUGGAAAGCUUUCUGAAUGAUUUGGUUACAGUGGAGCAGGUAUUGCCCACAGUGGAGACCAUUCCCUCAAGAUUGCUGAGACCAAAAGAUAGCAGGACGGUCUCUCAGGUACAUGUAGACCUGAGGCACAAAUCCCGAGAGGCACUCCCCCAGAAUGGCAAGGGAGAAGCUGCCAAUGGAGAGGCCACCCCAGCCAAAGAGAGCAAACGCUUCAGCAGCAGGAUCUUCAGCCGAAGAGUGAAGAGGCCUGCAGUGCUAAACAACAUGGCCCCCUCCACUGAGACUCUUGCUGAUGUGGAAUAUCCUCUGGGGAAGAGGGCUAAUGAGGGCUCCAGUGCCAACAUAUCAGGUAAAGGGAGUCUGAGGAUCACCAAGUCCAGCAACUGUGUGAUCUCCUGA